GCACAAAUGCCAAUUAGUGGACUCAAAAAUGCAUCGCCAUUUAGCGGCGGCGAUCGAACUAUUUUUUCACAUAUAUUCACAUCUUUUACUUUUUCCUGCACAUUCAUAUAAUUUUACAUCGUAAUUAUCAUAAAUCAUCUUCUAAUUGUUGAAUUAGAUAAUAAUAUAUACAGUUUUUCAAAUAAAUAGAAAUUCCAAAAAAAUGUGACGCCAUCUCUCGGCGAACCGCACAAGUUUGUCGUGAAAUAGUUCCUACUUUGCGCCGCUAGAUUUAUGUUUUGAAUAAUUUCAUUUUUGUGUCGCCACCUAGCGGCGUGCGGUGGAAACUAUUUCACGACAAGCUUGAGGGGUUCGCAAAGAGAUGGGGCCACCAAAGUCUCGAUUUGAGUGACGAGUCGUAAAAGCGGUCCUACGCGGUCACUCAAAUCGAGACUUUUCCACUGAAAAAUCAGUAAAUUUCGAAGCGUUCAUUCAACUUUCCACUUUCCGUCAUUCACGGUGACAUUCGUCUCGCUUGUACCCGAUUGUUGUUAGUUUAUAUUUACGACGCGACAGUCCUUAGUUUUUCAUCCGUUUAUCGAGCUUCUGGACCGCAACGAGAGGAAAAUGCCGAUUGUACUUAUCGUCCUGGACACGUUGCGACGGUGCGCGAGCGCGCGCCUAUCGACCAGAUCCUCGUCUCUCCUCUCGUUUCCUCACUGUUAACAAUCAUCGACCUUCGAAUAAUCGACGAAUCGCGCGAGAGACGUUGCAAUUCUCAAAUCCGCUAGAAAUACGAAGAAGAACGGUAGAUAGUAUCCGGUUAGAUAGUUGGCUAUGAAAGCGAGGGGAAUAGAACCGAAAAAAUUCACCGCUAAUGGGAAUACCGAUAACGACCCCACCUAACUGCGUUAAGAUCUCGAUAUUAAGCGAUGUACGUACUAAAAUGUACGGAAUGCUCCUGUUAAUCAUUCGAAGUUUGCCAAGAAGAAAGGUUGAACCGGCAUGCGUGAUAAUCACUUGCAAGACAAGGCAGUGUUCCGUGGCGGCAACAAGGCAGUGGACCACGAGCGUGGGAUUCUCGACUUCGAGUUCGACAGCCAGAUAUACAAGAGUCGAAUCCGAGUACGAAGAUGGUUAAUAGGCAUUCUAAUUUCCCUGUUCACGUGCCUAAUUAUCAUAAACACGUACGCUACGGAUCAAUUUCGAGCGAUGCGAUUCGGAACUAUCGUCAACGACACCUCGCAAGAGAACUUCAUGGACUUCAAGCCUUUCUUCACGCCCGUGGCCAAUUCUGGCUUCGUAGUGCGCAACAAAGGUUGCCGAAUACCAGCGAUGGAUCCUUUUGAUCCAGCAAUCAAACGUUUCAUUCGUAAGGAGGCACCCUUCGUUUGCGAGAUGGGAGAUCAGCUGCCUCUCGUUGAUUCGAACAACACAGCAGUGUUCAUAAAUCCGGAUGCUAUACACCAUUAUUACAACAAUACGAAGGAUAUCGACUGCUGUUGGCGUCCUUUCUGGCGAAUGAAAGACGAGGACAAUAUCGUUACGUACGACAACGAUUGCUCCACUUUCCAGAACGCGACGACCAUCAGAGCCGAGUUCGUAAAAAUCGAAUGUUCACGAAACAACGAAGUGAUAUACAAGGACUACCACGCGUUUUUGCCUCGCUUUCGUUCGUUGGAACAGAAAUACGAGAAGGCGAGAGCUGCCAGGUUCAAGUCCGAACAUCUGAGCUUGCUGAUAGUUGGCCUCGACUCGGUCUCGAGACUGAAUUUUCAUCGAAUGAUGCCGAAAACCGUCGAAGCUCUGCGGAAGCUCGGAGCAGUGGAAAUGAUGGGCUACACGAAAGUAGCCGACAACACGUACCCGAACUUGGUGCCUGUUUUGAGCGGGCUGUCCGAUGACGAGCUACACCAGUCAUGUUGGCAGACUAAAGACAAACCGUUCGACGAGUGCCCGUUCAUCUGGAAGAACUUCAGCGCGGCGGGUUAUCGUACUGUUUUCGGCGAAGACGCCUGCGCCAUGACAACGUUCAACUACUUGAAACCUGGCUUCCGGGUCCAGCCGACCGACUAUUAUUUGAGGCCGUUUUGCAUCGCGUCGGAAAAGGACAUCGGCAACACGCACAAGUGGAACGCAAAUCUUUGCGUGGGGACCAGAAAAACAUUCGAGAAUUUAUUAGACUAUACCCGAAAGACGGCCUCGCAAUUUGCCAAAGUGCCAUAUUUCGCAAUGUUCUGGCAAGCCAGUUUAACGCACGAUUUUUUCAACUACCCGCAAUUAGGCGACGACGCCUACCAUAAAUUCGUUUCUUAUCUAUCCAGCAAACAGUUGCUGAACCACACGGCAUUAAUAGUGAUGAGCGACCACGGGAUGAGAUGGGGCGAUUUCCGCGAGACAUAUCAAGGCAGAAUGGAGGACAGCCUUCCGUUUGUGUUCAUUGUGUUGCCGACCUGGUGGAAGGAGAACUACCAAGUGGCCUGGGCUAAUCUUCGAAAGAAUGCGCGGAGCUUGACGACAGCGUUCGACUUGCACGAGACCCUAUUGGAUCUACUGGAGUCGAAACAUUUGGAGGAACCGCGCCUCAAGGAGCGUUCAAAAAUGUUAUCGGAUGCGAAAAGUUUACCUCGCGGGAUUAGCUGGUUCCUGCCGAUUCCUGAUUAUCGUACAUGUAGCAUGGCAGGCAUAGCCAGCCACUGGUGCAUGUGUCAUACUAGCAACGAUGUUCCUUUGAACGACGAGAGUUACCAGGAUAAAGCAGAUUUCCUGGUCGCAGAAUUGAACAGGAUGUUAAAGAAAUUCGUGCAAUGCGCGACUCUCAAGUUAAAGGAGAUUAGAGCCGUUAAAGCGUGGCGAAACAAGGGUGAUAAAUUUGAUCUCGUUGAUUAUACGAUCACAAUUCAAACGGAACCUGGCGACGCGAUAUUCGAGGGGACGGUGCGAUACAGAGGAGAGGAUAAGACUAAAAAAUUGGUGGGAUCGGUUAGUAGAUUAAACGCGUAUGGAAAACAGAGCGCCUGUGUUGACGAGUUCAACAUGAGGUUAUAUUGCUACUGCUUGUAGAAUUAACACGUUUUGGUAACUUUCGUAAUUUUAUUUUGUCUACGGCUCUAAUUUCUUUAUAGCAUGGAAAAAGUAUGAGUUUCUUCAAAUAUAAUUACACGUUAAUGUUUUCUUCUUGUAUUUCAUAACGAUGAAAUCAAACUAAUAUUUAUUUAAUAUUUAAAAUACUAAAUUUCAAAAUAUUAAAGGACAUGCAAUCGUCAUGGUUACGAUAAAUGUAUGAUAAUUUUUACCAAAUACAAAUGACCAUUUACUCGAAAUAAAAGAGUACAACAAAGUUUGAUGUUCAAACAAUUCAAACAUAGGAAGAUGUUUCUGUAUUAGUUUAUAAUAUAAAUUUAGGAUAUAAAUCAACAAAAUUAACAGAUGUAAAUAGAAUAGGUGUAUGAUAAUAUUUAAGUUAUUGAAGGCCUCAUUUAAACGAACAAGUAACAAAGGAGUUACUACUCGAAAGUUAACAAUUUGUUACAACAAAUUACAUUAUAAUCGACGAAAGAAUUGUGCUUCAAUUGUAAUUUUUAAGGAGAUUACAUUCGAAGGUGUUGGAUAAAUUUCUGCCAAGCAAAAAUACGUAUAAUUUAACGCAAAAAUUUUAUAAUAAAAAUGCUAAUUGUAAAUUAAAUAAUUGAACAGUAUUUAUUAAUGCUAAUGGCUGAUGUAAAUUUUACUGUAAAUAAUAUUGAUAAGGAAAUUGUAACACA